AUGCCUGGGACGUGGACUUUCCAGCUCGUCCUUUUGUGUCUGGCACCAGCUCUGGUACCUGCUGUAAAAAUCCAGGCCAAAGGGCGGGAGGUCAUCUACUUGGCCAAAGGCGAUUCGAUCAAGUUGGGCUGUCCGUACGAGUUGGAACCAGAAGACAACGGUCCGAACACCCUGGACAUUGAAUGGACACAACUGAAUGCUGACCCCACAAAUCUCGAUCAUGUGUGCUGUUCUCUGGUUCCUGCCCACCAGAUUCUUAGCUACCAAGACCAGCAAGUUAUCCGUCCUGGAUACCUGUAUAUGCAGAAGAGACCGGGUCCCGCAGUCCAGGAUCCGCGGCAUUUGGGUCACUCUGGUUUACAGCAGACUGUGUUGGUCAGACCAAACGACCACCAUCUUGGUUCCAUGGGCUCGGUCGGUGACUGCUGCUAUGGCCUGCAACAGAGAGUAAACUUUGCGAUCCCAGACCCGAGCCAAUACGACGCCUCCAUCAAUCUGCAGAACGUGCAGGUUACUGACUCAGCGACUUAUGAGUGCAAGGUGAAGAAAACUACUGUGGCCUCCCGCAAGGUGACAGUCACAGUGCUAGAGAGACCCUCCGUCCCCCAAUGCUCGAUCGAUGGCCGUGUGUCCCUGGGCCGUGACGUCACCCUGCGAUGCUCCUCCCGGGCCGGAUCAUCCCCCCUCAUCUACCAAUGGACCAAAGUCGGUACCUGGAUGCCCCCAUCGGUCAUAAAGGGACCAAACCCUGGUGACCUGGUCAUCAGGAACCUGUCCAAGGACCAUGUGGGAUUCUACCGGUGCGACGCGGCCAACAAAGUCGGAUCAACCCAGUGUGUUCUGGAAAUCGAUCUUGCAGCAGGUGCCAAUCAAGUGGGCAUCAUUGUGGGGGCCGUCUUUGGCUCCGUCCUCUUGCUGCUGCUGCUUCUCGGUCUCAUCUUGGGGCUGGUCUACUGUUGCAAGCGGAAUCGGACCAAGGAGCAGUGCAAUCAGAUCAGAGUUGACUCAGCCCCGCCGCGGACAAAAUGUCCGGGCAGAAGCAGCAGCCUGCGAUCCGCCCUGGACUACCUACCCCACACUCUCGGCUUCUCUCAGCGGUGUAAAUACGAAUCGCCCAAGGAGCAGGAAGGGAUCGAGAUGAUCAGCCCGGGCAAGGAGGAAGACACCAGCUGUGCUGCGGAUUCCAGCAAGGACCAAGAUGGCGGCUGUUCUUCUGCGGUCACCACCAAGGCCAGGGUUCACCAUGCCCACUCCGUUCCUUCCUAUUCCCAAGUGAAAGGCGGGGCCUCUUCCUCACAGUUGCCCACUGGUACAAAUUCUGGAAACAACAAAUCUACAUCUGAUGUGGAUCCGGGCAAUGGGAAGCGAAGCCAUCCUGGGAAUUAUGGAGGAGUUCCAGUUAUGGUUCCCGCUAUCAGCAAAGACCUUGUAAUAUAA